CCAGGGAGUGGUGAUGAUCUUUACCUUGCCAUGAUGUCUUGACUUCGGUCGGUCGGGCUUGGUGGGUGUCGAGGAGGUCUGAAAGGUGUCCCAUCUUACACUUUAUGUUGGUGUUGUUGGAUUGGAGUUGCUCAAUUAACUAUUUAAUUAAUGCCAUUCUCUGUCGAAUACUUUUCAACUGUAGCUUUGUAUUGCCAUUGGACAACCUGAUCGACCAAUACCCUUUCACUAAACUCGGAUCUCCCUGCAACACCAUCGAAUCUCGAUAAGCACCUUAUCAGCACGCAGCUUCGGCUCGCGGACUAUUUACCCAUUCGGCGUCCGGUCUACCGUCAUGUGAUACAUAUCUCACCUUUGUAUUCCCGACAACUCCGGCACUUGAUCAGACUCAGACUCUCAUGGAGAGACACGAUACUCCAACCUCGCCAUGGCGAUGGCUUCUACACAGACCGACACCGUCAAUACCUUCUUGAGUCUUAAACCCUCUCCACCAAGCAACAACAACCACCACCACACCAUCCCAACUAACCCACCUUCAUCUUCAUCCUCACAACCCAAAUCCCUCCUCCUCUCCCUUCCCCCGGAACUACGCAUCCAAAUCUACAAACACCUCCUCAUCAACCGCUUCACCCCCGACGACCCAACCCCUAUCCCCCAAACCCACACCCACAACCAAAAACCCAUCAACCUCGCCCUCCUCCCCAUCCUCACCACCCCCCUCCCCUAUUCCCUCCCAUCCCCCCUCCACCACCACCACCACACCCUAGAUACAUCCCUCCUAACCCUCAACAAACAAAUCCACACCGAAUCCCUCCCCAUCCUCUACGCCCACAACACAUUCACCCUCACCACCCCCACCCACCUAACCACCUUCCUCGCCCUCAUCGGCCCCCACAACACCACCCUCCUCCGCUCCCUCGACAUCUUCGUCCCCUGGCGCCGCUCCGAAAUCUGGCCCUGGGUGCUUCUCCUCACCCAAUUAUCCACCCACGCCACCGGCCUCCGAUACCUCCGGGUCGGCUGGGACGCGAACUUCGAACACCCCGGGGGAAUGAAACCGGGGGCUGAGGAGCGGGGUCUAGGCGAUAAUUUACUCUUUGUGCAUGCGUUGGGCGGGUUUACGAGGUUGGAGAGGUUGGAGAUAUAUGGGUUUUUUGGGAAAUUGUGGCCGGGGUAUCUUGAAAGGGAGUUGGGGGGGGAGGUGUGUUGGUGGGGGUGGAGGGGGGGUUAG